UGAAAACCCUGGUUUGCUUCUUGAUUUUUCGAUAUACAAAUUGGUGAGGUCUUAUAUUCGUGCUUCGCCUUUCAGAAGAGCAGCACUUAAGUCUCUAUCCAAAGCUAUACCAGAAGAAGAACUCGUGUUCCUUAAAGCACAGUUCAUGCUCCUGGAACCAGAAGAUGGAGCCUUGUAUCUUCGCAAUUUCACUACGGCUUUGACAAGAUAUGCUACGGAUGCUAUGAUCGAAUCUAGGCUUCCUGACAUUUUAAACUUGAUGCAACCCUUAGCACAUAGGAAACUUGAUUUUGAAGAGUUUUGUGCGGCUGCGGUUAGCGUUUAUCAACUAGAGGCUCUUGAAGAAUGGGAACAGAUCGCAGCUAUAGCGUUUGACGACUUCGAACGUGCAGGAAGCAGAGCCAUCUCUGUCCAAGAACUCGCUGAGGAGAUGAGUUUGGGACCAAAUGCGCAUCCUCUGCUCAAGGACUGGAUCCGGAGUUCUGAUGGAAAGCUGAGUUUCUUGGGAUAUGCAAAGUUCUUGCACGGUGUGACUGUUCGAAGCUCGAGCUCGAGACCUACUAGGUGACUUCUAACUUUUGCAAAUUCAAACCUAAACAUACUGUUGUUUCAAGACAAAACAAACAUGAACUGGAAACAAAAGGGUACCGUACCUCUUUUGUAUUGAGCUUUUUGUUUUCAAGAGGAAACAUUCCAAAAUCAAAAACCAAGCAAUGUGUUUUUUCUGUUAACUUUUUUUCUAUUUAAUUUCCGGAUUGUAUAGAAAGAACUGGAUGGGUUGUUGUUGUUCGGUUCUGAUUUUGUUUCCUUGAUAUUGGAGGUGUAAUAAAUCAACGGUUUAGAUACAAUACAACUUUUAUGCU